CAAAGUCAUAAAGGGAGACAGAUAAACAGAAUUGCUUCGAGUCUUUGGCAAUGUCGCCGCAGACAGAGUGACCUGGGUCACUCUGACACUGGAUGCACUCCUCAUUAUUAUGGAUGCUAAGUUGAGCUUUUUUCUCGGCUUCCUUUUGGGCACUACUGUGACCUUGACCAUUGUCAAGAGUGGUGCCGUCAUUUGGACCCUGGAUGUAUCUUACAGGAUCGGAGAACAAGUGGAUGUGCAUGCAAAGCAGUCACCAUCGCAAGAGUUGAGUUUUCGUUCGCAAGAACCAUGCAAACAGAAGAACCCCGCUUGCCCAGACAACCUAGGGAGCAUUACAAAAGCGAUCAAUAGUAGCGGAUCUGACAAACUUUGGUUUCACCACUACGAACGAUACUACGAAAGGUGGCUACAAGACUUCCGCUGCAAAAGAGGCCUGAAACUGGUGGAAAUCGGUGCGCAGCAUGGGCGUUCCUUAAAGGUUUGGAGCGACAUCUUUGUGUCGCCCAAGACAAUCCUGGGCGUGGCUUAUGGUAAAUCUGCCCAGGAUGUGGAAAAGGCGCUUGGACCAAAGACAUCUGUGAUGUGGGGUGAUCAGUCCAAAAAUACAACAAUGCAGGAACUCAUAAAAAGAGGACCUUGGGAUAUCAUCAUCGAUGACGGCUCGCAUUAUCCCCCUCAUAUGACUUUCAGCUUAUUUUCUUUGUGGAGAUCGGUAAAUCCCGGGGGCUUGUACAUCAUCGAAGAUUUGGAGACCAACUACUGGGAGCACGGUACCAAGCUGUAUGGAUAUGUGAUGCAACACACUGGCAUCAAUGCAACCGCCCAGUAUUCGGUAGUGAGGAAAAUCGAGCAGAUCACGCAAGUCCUGAUGCGCUAUCAUCUUGGUGCUGAAAAUCUGAGUGUCAUGCCAGGGGAUGAUAGACUUUGUUCUGUGGAGUGGGGAAUGAAUUUGGUGAAGCUACGCAAGUGCACUGAAGCAGAGUAUGAGACGCACCCCAGAUACAAGAGAAAAAAAGCAUCCCUGAAUGUGAUCAACGAGUGGCUGAUUAAGGCCAAAUCCACCAAUCCUUUUGUUGCAAAGUCCAGCAAGGGUGCCAGUUGAGUAUUCAUGGAGUGUAUGACUGUACGAGCAGGUUUGAAAUCGCCAGAUACUUGAAUACUGCCAAGCAAGCUUGGCAGGGAGGUUGUGUAUCCCAAAGCUGGCAGUAACGUGGCAAAGCUUGAAUUCUGAACUUAGCAGCCAAAAGUCGUGCGCCGAUCCAAUGGAUGUUUACACGUUCCGGUGUGGCUUUGCAUGUGGAUUUUUUGGACCAGAGCGUGUGGUGUUUCGCUUGAUUGUGUGAAACCCACCAUUUCCAAUGCCGACACCUGAUGAGACCGAACAAACGCAAUGAGUGACACAAGCAUUCUGGAG